AUGAACGUCCAGUUCUGCCAAGGUGAUCAGGUCUCUUCAGUCUUCAGCUCACUUCCAGACACAGACACAACGAAUACCCAUGGCCCGUCCUACGCCAACUGGCUAUGCCCUUUGCCACUGGCACCGACCAGGUCUGCCUUGCUGACAUGCCCCCAGGGCCUGGACCUACUAUACCUGUGCACCUUGCAGUCGGCACCACUGGUCACAGUCCUGCAGGAUCUCGGAGAUGACACCUCAGGCAUGAGGUACCAGCCACUGAAGCUGCAGGCCAACUCCACCACUGUUGAGAAACUCACAACUAAGGAUCCUCCGAACAGGGAAAAAACGGGAAGCCUACUGGAAAAAGCUGGCGAGGGCCCUCCCUGCCAGUCCUCUCCACCUUACAACAGCUCUUCCCCCUGGCAGAAGAGAAAGAAGUCCAGCCCUUGUCCUUGUCCGUCUCCCGUCCCCACCUCUAAGGAGCUCCCAUACCAUCUCCACCUCUUCGACCCUGCAUAUUCACUUUUCCUGCCCUCAUCUCACCUGUUCCCCUAUGGGACCUUCCCUUAUAUCCAGUACCCCUACCUCUUCAUGCUCCCUCAAGGUACCUCCUGCCCCACCAUGGCUGUGCCCAGCUUGCUGAUGACUGCCAAUGAGCCUGGACACCAUUACACCUGUGGGAUGACCCUGUAUCCCCACCCAGGAGCCUUUCAAGUCUCUGGUCAAGACUUGCCCUCCAAGACCCAGAAUCCAGGACUUGGAGCUGCUCAGACCUCUUCCCCAAGGCUGGAGCAUGCUGGCAUGGUGGCUACUACAAAGUGGACUUCAGCUCUACCCUACCCACUGAAGAAACAGAAUGGCAAAAUCCUCUAUGAGUGCAAUGUGUGCAGCAAGAGCUUUGGGCAGCUUUCCAACCUCAAGGUCCACCUGCGCGUGCACAGUGGGGAGCGCCCGUUCCAGUGUGCCCUGUGCAAGAAGAGCUUCACCCAGCUCGCCCACCUGCAGAAGCACCACCUGGUGCACACCGGGGAGCGGCCCCAUGAGUGCCUGCUGUGCCACAAACGCUUCAGCAGCUCCAGCAACCUGAAGACCCACCUGCGCCUGCACUCAGGAGCCCGGCCCUUCCAGUGCAGUGUAUGCCCAAGGCGCUUCACCCAGCACAGUCACUUGAAGCUGCACCACCGGCUGCAUGCCCUACAACCUUGCAGCCUCCCUCACACCCACCUGCCCCUGGCCUCCCUCGCCUGCCGUGACCACUGGCAAAAGGGGGUACGAGAUCUUGCAGCGGCACCAUCAGAGAGGAAAGGUCCCGACCGGGCCUGCCGGCACGCUGCCAUCCCUCUCCCCUCAACCCCCCUCACCUGCAGAGGCCUGAGUAAGGACCUCGGACUGAGCGGAGAGCGGGCUGAGGCUAAAGCGCUCAUCCUGGCGGAGCUGCUGUUUGCUCAGGGGGGCGGGCCGGAGGAGGUGUUUCUCCGCAAAUGCCACGGUUCCGGGUGGCCCCCGAGAUAUGAAGCGAUCAGAUGCUCCGACGGCCGGGUCUGUGUCCUUGCCAUGGCCAAACGGCGCCGGGGCCUUAGGGCCCGCUUGGCCCACUUCUUGGCCAGGCUAGGGGGCCAGAGGGAGCACAGAGAAAAGGAGAUCUCAGAGGAUGCCGGAGCCUGGGAUAGGCCCUGGCAUGGCCAGAGCUGCCCUACCCUGGCCCAAGGCAGCACCAGCAAUCUCAGUCUCAAGGCCCAGACCCAGAGCUGCUCAGAAUGGGACCUUCCGUCAGGGACCCAUGGGUCCUGGCUUUGGAAGCGAAGAACCAGCUCAGGGGGUCUUGAGCAACCCCUGGGGCGUCUGCAGAGGCCAGCUGUGGGCAGUGCCUCUGACCUGGCCAGCUAUGCCUCCAUGGGACCCGAGAGCCCAGCACUGACAGUAGCCUCAGCAGAGCCCACCUGUGCCAGGAGCUCCUCAUGCCUGGUGCCAGCUCUGGAACAUUUGGAACAAAGACUCUCAAACUGUGCUUGCCCACAGUCCCCAUGCCCAGCUGCAGUGGUCCCUGUGAGGCCUGAGGCUCCCAGCAACAUGGAAGAAGUGUUCUUGCUGCCCCGCCCAGCAUCCUUUCCCAGGACAAGGACAGAGGGGACAAAGGGCGAGCCUACCACCCCAGAGCCAGCCCUUCCAGAGCCAACCCAGACCCUCCAUGUAUGCUCCUUUACCAGGAGGACCCGCUACCACAUCACCGUCACCCUGCAAUGCAGGCAGGCAUCUGGGCAGGAGGGUGAGGAGCCCGAACCGGCCCAACCAGAUCCCCACCCCUGCGGCCCUGAGGAAUCCAGGGGCUGGCAGGAGCCUCCCCAGGGGCCACGCCCCAUCUUGGGGUGCCCUACCGCCCCACCCCAAGAGUCCCGGCUGAGAGGCCGACCACAUCAGGGGAACACAGCUCAGCGGCAAGAGCUCCAGACUAGUUGGACAUCUGGGUCCCCACACAGACGGUAA